AUGUCUGGUGCUGAAGAGAUCAGCGCUGUUACAAUACAGCCGGAUCCAUAUUGGCCUUGUCCUGUUUCAACACACCGUCACAAAAGGGGCCAAUGCGAUGAGUGUAAACGAUGCUUUGGAUGCGAAACGCCAUGCGGUAACGACAUUGAAUACGCUUGUAAGGGCAGUACAUGCUGUUGCCAUACAACUAAUUACAAAGGUCAGAAAAAUAAUAAGAGGAAACGAGUACAGUAUGCUGCACAACAAGUGGAGGCCAGACGCUCGCGCCGCGAAAAAGAACCAGUUGACGAUGCAGAGGUUGACGUGGUGGCUAAAUCAGAACGAGAGGUUAUAGAAGACCAACUUGCAGACCAACGUGAUCCAGUACAACCGUAUAUGUAUCAAAUAUCUCACUUGGCAUUGCAAACUGAAACUGCAAAGCGUGACGCGAUGGUGGGACACGUACACGGACUUACAAGGCGGAUGAUUGAUAUAAUUUCGUGUCGAGACAAGAGAGCAAGUAAUCUUCUCUACAAACUUAUCAUAAAUCAAGCUGAGAAUGAACUUGAGAAUCUCAGGCAAAUUUGCAGAUGUAGCUGUGCGCACUAA